AUGUCGUUUGGUCACGCUUUAAACAAUGGAGUAGAGAUUCCAAACAUUGGACGUAAGUGUUUCCAUGUCAAUUUUUAUGACUUUUUAUAUAAUAAUUAUUUUAACAUAAAAUAUAAGCCUAAGACUUAUCUAAGUCAGAACUAGAAUUCAUACAGGCCUUUUUUGGAGUUUUUGCUUAAAACUCAUCACCGCCAUGCAUCAAUAACCCAAAUGGACUAUAAAUCUGGCCAGCUCAAGCCUGUUCUGACAAUGGUAAUUUCUUGUACUGAUUUCAUGGGUGCUGUAAAUUACUACUAAUGAGAGAUUUUCUUCAGUUGGAACAUUUCAGAUGAAAUCAGUGGCUGAAGAUGAUGUAAUUUACAGAACAAUCGAUAGCGCACUGCAGUGUGGCUGCAGACUUAUAGGUAAGAAAAGUCAAGUUCACUGCAGACUGUCUGCAAAAUUUAAAAGUGUCUCAUAAGGUAGUCAAUGCAUAGGGUAUUACCCUGUGAGAAGGGGGGUAAGUACUGCCAUAUACAGCUAUAAUUUUCGAGAAAGGUUGUUGGAAAAAAUGUGCACGCGACAAUCCCGAAAGGUAAUAUGGGAUAUGUUCAAUACACUGUUCCUGACACUGUAGCUAUCGAACCAACUUUUGUUGCUUUCCUUUAGCACUUGCAGACAUAUGUCCAUGACCUCUCCUGCCAUUCUUUUAAAUUUCUUUGAAAAACAGUGCACUCAAAACCACCCACAAUACCUUUCGGGGUUGUCACGUGCACUUUAUCCAACAACCUUUCUGGAAAUAGCUGUAUAGGCUAUAUACAUACCUGCCAACCCCCGGGGUACAGAAAUCUGGAGACUAGAAAUCUGCGACAAUGUCUGAAUACUCUCUGAAAAUCACCCGAAGGCCUUCCUAACGUUCCCAACAUCAAUAACAGCGUGCGAAAACCGCGCCAACUUUCUACCAAGUAUUGUGCAAUUUGAUUGGUUAAUUUCUGACCAAUUACAAUACUCGUUAGAUAUACAUCAAUUUGAUUGGUCUGUUUUACAUUUUCUGAUCAAGAACAGCUCAAAUAGGAGGACUAAUUCCACUUCUUGUUUCAUUUUCCUAUUUGACAUCUCAAAAAUAACAAAAUUAAUGAAAAAAUUCUGAAAAAGGCCACGGUAUGUAUUUCCCGGGAGAUUUGGUGCUCUAACUGGGAGACUGGGAGAUCUGAUGAAAAACUUGGAGACUCCUGGGAAUACCUGGAGAGUUGGCAGGUAUGUAUAUAGGUAUAUGCUGCUGUAAAGGGUAUAGUUUAGAUUUAGGUUUACUUGCAACUCAUUAAGCUUUUGUUUUGGCUAGACUGUGCUGCUGACCUCUGUACUUUUUGAAAAAAUAGCAACUCUAGGAUAGGCCAUAGGAAGGUAUAUUGGGAGUUUAGUCUAGUAAAGGGCAGCAAAGUUCAGGUGGGCUAGGUCCAGUGUAGGCCAGGGGUUCUACUGUCCCAGCAGCUCAUCCCUAUCCAAGAAUUCUUAAGGUACCCCUGCCAGGGACAUUUUACAUUAGUGACAUGAUUCUUGAGUACUCAUUAAUCAGGGACUAUGGUCUGUGAGAGCAUUGACAAAGGUUUCAAAUUAUGGCAUAAUGAUGACACAAUGUGUUUUUUUCUGUUACUCGCACACAUUUUCCAAAAAAGUUCACCAGAAAUGGACAUAUAGACAACAAUAUUUCCAUUGUCUAGACUCCUAACGACAACAGAAAUGUGUUGUUUUAGUAAAUAUCCAUACUGCUUACACAGUGGUUUUUUUUUGUAUCCUGCAACCUCUUUGAAAUUCCAGUUAAGCUUCAUACUUUCCAUUAAAAAGUUUGGUCCUUAAGACCCUGCCUUUGUCUCAAGCACUUAUAGGCACUGAGAUGUUUUAUGCACAACGGGAAACAGUGUAACAGAACUUGUCAUAUUUCCUUAAGCCUUUCAAUAAACAACAAGAAGUGGCAAUAACAAAAUAUUAAUUUCCUGUUAUCAUAUUGUAGUCUGACCAUGCUUAAUGAGUUAAGGCUUUGAGUCUUGAUUAUUUUUUGCUUGCUGUAAACAGACACAGCUGCUGUUUAUCGGAAUGAAGCAGAUAUUGGACGUGCACUAAAAGAGCUUCUACCAAAGUAUGGCCUUUCCAGACAAGAUGUCUUCAUAACAAGCAAACUGUGUGAGUCUUUGGAAUUUCUCUAAUGUGUUAUUAAUAUGACAAGUUUAGGUAUGUAUCUUAAGUUAUUGCCUUUAAUUAGCCAAAGAAAAUGGCUUUUUAAAGUCAAACGUUUCGUUAUUUUGCACUGACAUGUCUCUAUUAUAGACAGUUUUGUUGGNGCAGAUAUUGGACGUGCACUAAAAGAGCUUCUACCAAAGUAUGGCCUUUCCAGACAAGAUGUCUUCAUAACAAGCAAACUGUGUGAGUCUUUGGAAUUUCUCUAAUGUGUUAUUAAUAUGACAAGUUUAGGUAUGUAUCUUAAGUUAUUGCCUUUAAUUAGCCAAAGAAAAUGGCUUUUUAAAGUCAAACGUUUCGUUAUUUUGCACUGACAUGUCUCUAUUAUAGACAGUUUUGUUGGUCCCAACGCUCCUAGAGGUCAUAUAUGUACCUCUAUAAUAAUUCACAGUCCCCUUUUGACACUUUCUCUUCCAAAAGUGGCCAAAGUUAAAACUUGACAAAUUUCCCAGAUUUCUUUUCAAAAAGAUUCCAAAAAAUAUUAAUUUAAUAAAAGAGAGGUGUCCUUUGAACGUCAUACAAUAGGAUUUCAUCCACAGACUCAAAAGUUAGAAUGCAAACAAUUGUUGAUUAUAAGUUAAAAGAAGUGUUAGCACUGGUUUGGAUUUUGUGAUUUCAAGACUUACCAUAAGUUAUGACAACAGAGUAGAUUUAUUUAAUGACAAUACAACUUUAUUGACUUUAUCUUCGACAUGUAAGAUUUCAGUACCAAAACAAUCAAUAUAUUACUUACAAAUGAAACAAAGUAAAAUAAAAGUUAAGUAAGAAAGAAAGGAACAACAACUAUCUAUUGAAUAUUAACAUAUUAAAAAGAAAAAAUACUUGGCUAUGUACGGCUUCUAUGCUAAUAAACAUGUGUAACUUUUAACCAUAGUGAAUUUGUUUGGAUAUAUAUAUAUAUAUAUAUGAUGGAUAUAUUUUUUCUUAUCUUUGUGUGAGAAAAUACCCAGUGAGCAGAUCAGGCCCUUUGAUCUUCACAGAGCCCCGAGGCUUUUAGUUACUCAAUAUUAUUAAUGAAAGUCUUUUUUAACACCCACUUCAAAUGACUUUCAAUGAGUAUCCUGAACCUGAGUACAUUAAGGACUUUAGCAAUCCAAUGACACAAUGGCAACAAGAAUGUCAAAAAAAAAAUAGGUUUAAUAAGCAAGACAACAACUUUGCAUAUGCAUCACACUUUUUUGUACAUUUCUUUGCUGCUUUGUCACUACUGUGACAUAAAAAUGCCCAGUUUUGCAUUUUAUGGAGAACAUGCAUAAACUAGCAACAAUGCAAUUUUAUUUAUCUUUCUGAACUUGGGUAUGGUCCCUUGGAAUUUUACUUCUUAUAAGAGGUUUUGCCUAUAUAUUUGACAAAGGAAGUGGUUAGGAAUAAUCAAAAUAAAGACUGAAAGAAUAAAAAUUCACUUUUUGACCGAUGUUCUCAUUGCUAUUGCGUCGUUGGAUCUUUUAAAAAGUCUUCAUUACCCUUGAAUAAGUUCAGCAUUGAUCUGUGUCUAAAAGCUUUAGAAGCAAGCUGUAAAGACUUCAUUGGCAGUCUUCAAAUUAUAUUUGCUUGAACUCUUAAAAUAUUUCAUAUAUAUUAUGGUAUUUUUUUGUUGUUCUUCUCCUCAGCCCCAAGAGACCAUGGAUUUGAUAGUGCAGAGGCGGCUUGUAUGAAGUCUCUAGAAGCUUUAGACUGUGAAUAUCUUGACUUGUAUCUUAUUCACUGGCCUGGUGUACAAAAGCUGAAAAGGGAAGAUCCAAAAAAUUCUGAACUUAGAAAGGGAAGCUGGCUAGCACUAGAGAAGCUUUAUAAAGCAGGUUAUUUAUUUUAAUAGACCUUUCCACAUUUUUUUCAAUUUUUGAUCUGGACCAGUUAUCAAAAAAUCCAUCAAGACAGGUGAAAAGCACGCUUUAAAAUUAGUAAAGAUGCCAAGUUUGAACAUGAUAUGUUGAAAAUUAGUAAGAAAGAUAUAGCUCCACAAAGUUGCCAAAUUCUACAGACAUUUGCCUAUAGUUUGCCUAUAAGUUAAUGUACCCACUAUACAAACUAUUUUACAUCAUUCUGUACAAUUUUCACCACAGGCUUUGUGAAUUAGCUAUUCAACGUAUCACACUUGAACUUUGCAAGGUACUCUUUCUGGCAGUGUCAAUGGAUAUUUGCUAACUGGUCUUAUUAAAAACUAAAUCAUUGGAUAAUGCAAUUCUAGAGCUCUGAUUGGCUUAGCCAUCAUGGUGUAUGAGCCAUUAUACCAUGAUCUCUAAAUAUGGUAAGUGUACUCGUCUGCUCAAAAUUUAAAAUAAGCUGAAAAUCGGUUGUUUUUCCAAAUAAAGUCAGGAAGAAUUCUCGAUAUUUUAUGGGCAUUUUUAAUAAAACAAUUAUUCCACUCACACUUGUAGGAUAUGAGAUGAUUAAUGGCUAUCUACUAGCUAUCUCAUAUCCAACGUGCACUCAUGGUGGAAGGAUCUAUUCUUAACUCCGAAAACGCGCAUGGAUUUCAGACACCCCUAAAAAUAAUCCCCCAGCCCCAGCCCCUCUAAAAAAAGUUGGUCUAUAAAGUAAAAGUAAGUCGAUGUGAUGAGCUCAUUCUGCACGGGUCUCCUUCAGGUUUACUCAGAAGUAUCGGUGUAUCAAACUACACAGUUGCCCACUUGGAAGAGAUGUUACAGUAUGCUACUGUUGUUCCUGCCGUAUUGCAGGUGACGUUUGUUAUAAUGUGUCUUCUCUUUUGUACAGUAGUGUCUGUUUGUUUCUCCUGGUGGUAUAGGAGAACAGCUUUUACUCAAAGAACAACAUUCAUUCAUGAAGGGGCAAUUUCUUACAUGUAUUACAAAGUCACUGAAACUGAAACUAUUAAUGCAUUACAAAAUACAAUUGUUGGCAACUUAAAAAAUUUUCAAAGAAUUUUUAAAGGCAACAUUCAGAGAAUCUCUGGGUAUGUAUCAUGGUAUGUGUACUUGCUUUACACGUUUGUGUUUUUUGUUUUAAUUUCAGUCUAUUAAAGAAUUAAGCAUGAUAUUGUCUACAUUAACUUCCAAGAAAAAUGCAAUGCCCAGUGCAGUUUUUCUCCUCAUGUUCAAAUUCAUAGCUUGUUCUUUGUCUGCAUUCAGUCACAGUUUAUUGAUUUGACUAUUAUAGAUAACUUCUGUGCUGGUAUCCCUGAGCAGCCAUCUAUUAUUCUCUAUUUAACAACUCAAGUGUUUUAAACUGUAGGUAGAGUUUCACCCAAGACUUUUCCAGAAAGGGUUGCUUGAGUACUGCCAAAGGAAAGGAAUUUGGCUACAAGCCUAUACUUCAUUAGGCCAAGGAAAGGUAUGUUACAACCAAGAUGAAGUCUUCGAUUCAGUGGGUUUCUAGUGUGGGACCAAUACAUGUAGUUGAGAGAUUCAUUGCAAUGAGCUGAAAUCAUGACCUUAUGGCUUUUGGGAAGUGUAUGGACACUCACUAAAUGAGCUAGUGCAGGACUUAAAAAAAUCUUAAAUUUCAGCACGUUUAUUGGACAAGCAGCUCUCAAAUUUGCUUGCCCAGGACCACUGCAUCCUUGUCUAAGUUUUUGAUGUAGUUAGAAGAUGACUUGACUAGACCUUUGCCCAUCAGUUAAGUAAGCAUGAAAACUUACUUGGCUGAAAGGAAAAUCUACUUGAGGUGGUUACCAGAUGACACUGUUUUUAAGCACCUUUUUUAAUAGACACUGAGCUACAAAACUUGUCAAAAAUCUUGAAACACUUGUGUGCAUUUUCCCUUCCCCAAAGUUGGUUUGGGUAUUACAGUCCUCUCAGUGCUCCAAAAUACAUAUGGCUCAACAUUGGGGAAGAAGAGGGGCACAGUUGAGUGAGAACAAAGGUGUGGAGAGUGAAUGUAAGAAUGUUGCGAGAAAAUUCAGGAGUACCCAACGUCAAUUAAGUGUCGAAAAAUAUCUGUUCGGAAGAUGAUUUGAGAUCUAGAAUUUUCGGAACAUUUGUUGUAAAAUUUCUUGUUUGCCUGCCUCUCCUAGGAUUUUCGAACAUCUAAAAAAAUGGUAUAAUUGCCCAUUUUUAACGGAUUUUUACCGUAAAAAGGUCACCUAGAACUUUCGGGAGCCUUUUUUCUGGCUGAAAUUUUCGAAAAAGUACGUUUUGAUCCCUAUAAUUUUCGGAUCACUAGACUUUCAGCUAGGAAAUCCGAACAGAUGAAAAAAUUUUAGUGGAUAAAAAUAUGCCUAUAUCUACCGUUUAAAUACUAAAAUACGUUUGACAAUGCUAUGUUUAAGUGGUUUUGAACUAUAUUCUCGUUGCGUGCCCCUGAAAAUUCAAGAGGAACGGUUCCUGUUUCAACGAUUUGUGAUGAGUAUUGUAGGCCUUUACUGGGUUCAUGUCACACACGUCCAAAAUAGUGCUAGGACCAGCGGUGUCUAGAUGACUUGUAUGAACAACAAUCUCAUUUACCUACAUGCGGUAACCUGUAAUCUCUAGUGUAGAGUAUGGUAAGCCAUCUUGUACCUUGAGCAGUAGUCAUUAUUUACAGUGAAACCUCUAUCAUUAUGGAUCCCUUGUUGGUGUCCACUUUAUAGGAGUUGUCUACAGACCUGAAAACCCAUUUAUUUUACAGAAAAACAAUUCAAAAGAAAAGUUUGGACUUACUGUUGCUUGUGUCCUGUAAAUCUGAAGCGCUCUGCUUAUUACAAGAUAAACUGUCUUGAGUUUUUUUUUUUUUUAUGGGGGGAGGGGCAGCAGGGUUGGAUAAAAGUCCUGGCCGGUAGUUCGGGACAAGUAGAUUUUCUUUCAGGGCAAGUAACUAUAAACGGCCACUCGCCCAGUGGGCAAGGGUAUAGGCAAGUCAUCCUCUAACAAAAUUAUUAACCAAGAUAAGCAAGAAGUGGCCUCGAACAAGCAAAAUGUGACCGCUGCUUGCCCAAAUGACAAGUAGGAAUUCCCUUUUUUUUUCGAGUACUUGGGGGUUGCUUUUGUUGUUAUUUGUUUUUUAGAGGAAAAUUUGAGGAAGACUGUGCAAAACAACUUAAUGCAGACAAAAAAGCAAGAUUGUACAAUGAACCAAAGUACUACAAUCUCUUUAGCUCUUAGAUGAGGCACAAGUCAGAAGUAUAGCUACAACAUACAACAAGUCAACAGCUCAAGUGUUACUCAGUUGGGCUCUUCAACAUAAUGUAGGUAGGUAUGCUAAUUAUAGUUAUUACUCAGUGUAUAAUCAGCAUGUAGCUCUCCUCUGAACUCCUUCCACCUGUUUGAUGUACUUCAUAAGAUGAAGGUGCCAGACUGAACUGGCGUGUUCCUUAUGUGGUCUCACAAGGGCCAUUUAGGUUGCUUCUUUCACUCCCUCAUCAGGUCAAUAGACCUUUUUACCGAUUCGGCGGCUAUAUUGAAUUAAUUCGAUUUAAGGAGUUUUCAGAUUUUGCAAGAGAAACCCAUGUUUUUUUAUGAACCUCAUAAAUGAUGGGCCAGCCGUUUGUGCUAUGCCCUAUAUAUAGAUGUGUUUUUUUAUUUUUUUGAGACCUUUUCUAACCUAACUGAUCCAAACUUUUAGCGUAGGUAGGCGUCGAACAGGUUAUACCAGGUUAGGAAUGUACUUUAGCAAUGAUUUUACAUGACUGCCUGCCAUUUAUUCAGUGGCAUGAUUGUUUAUUGAUGCUGGACGGACAACUAUUUCAUUUCCCAGCUCGUAAAUCACAGAAUGCCAAAGAAAUUGUUUUCAAGAUAGACACACCAGUUUGUAUCAUCGCCAAAACAGCAAUUACUUUGGCCCAGAAGUUCACUUGAUGACAAGCAAAGCGGGAUAACACGUGAUCGAUGACGGCCGUGCGCUGGAAAAUUUUCCCUUUUUAUGCGGUAAUUCCUCACAAAAGGCAAAAGAAGAUUCCACUAUGUAGAAAGUGCUUCGCAAUACGUAUUCUUGGCGAGAAAAAUUCCAGCGAUGUGGUGCAAAUAAGGAGUUUCAACGUUUAACCACGAGAAUAGAUAUGGACAUUAAGAGGUCAUAACAGACUAAUGUUACUUUCCGUUUGCCGAAACGUGGUUAACCGUUGUAACACGAAAGAAGCAGUGUUUUCCUCAGUUUGAGCGGUCGUUUUCUUUGAGAUUCAAAUACCAGUUCACGUUUCAAAGCUCUCUUUUCAAGUGUGUCAACUACUUUUGUCCCUGAUUGUAGCUCCUUUUCCACUAGAUCCUAUUGUGACAGAAUGAAUACGAUUACUUUCUGUUGUUCUCAGAAAGUCAUACUUACUGAGGGAUUAAAUUUCCGAGUGCACUUCUGGGUUUAGAGUUCUUUAUUAUAGUUAUAUAUAGUUACUGUCUUUUUCAACAGGGGUGAUUCCAAAGUCUGUCCGACCCCAGCACAUAAAGGACAACUUGAGUGUUAACGACUUUCAACUCUCUGCAAAGGACAUGGCCAUCUUAAAUCACAUGAACACAAACACUCGGUUUUGCUGGGAUCCAACGGCAGUCACGUGA